AUGUUUCAAAAACGACCUGUGCAUUUUAUUCAAUUCUGCUUAUCAGUGAAAGAAAGUCCAAGUAAUAUUAAAACGGCCGAAACAUGCCUACGUCAAACAAAAUCUGAAGUUCUUGAUAUGAAUUAUCAAAAAGAAGGUGUACUGGUGACCGACAACAAAAUAUAUGCUAAUUAUAUAGCAUUAGAUCAAACAAUCGUGUGUUCUAUUAAUAGGCAUGGCAAAAGUCAUGGUGGUAUAAACGGAAGAUUUACUGAAGAGACAAUUGACGUAUGGACCAAUUCAUUUGGCUUUCAUGCUGUUUUAACAAACAUUUUGCAUGAUGUCUGUGAUAUAGAAACAGAUAAUAAUGGUAUUGAUUAUCAUGUCGAAUGUAUUCCGACAAGGCAAACUAUUGAUGAACAAGAUUUAACAAAAAUUAUGAACAAACUAAAACAAGAAAAACUCUUUUCACCAGCCACUAAUGAGUUUAGAACCUUAAUGUCGGAUAAACUUGUUCAUGAAGAUGUCAUCAACAACAUUUCUACAUGUUUUGAUCGUGGUCUCGAAGCAAUGGCAUCAUAUGUCAAAUAUCGUUUGAUUAAAAAGGUAGUACCAAUAGACGAGCCACUUAAAGCUAUGUAUUAUUUGAGUAAAUGA